AUGUUCGAGGAGAAGUUCGUCAUCGCAGUGGCCUCUGCCUGCUCUUCACUGACUAUCGCUGCCUUCCUAAUCGUCAUCCCUUCACUCUACAACACUAUCAACGAGACCCACAAUGAAGUCAUUGAAGGUGUAGCAGCGUUUCGCGUCGAGACCGAUUCUGCUUGGAACCGGAUGAUGGACGUCCAAGUGGAGGUGGCACCUCCAAGCAAGCCGCGACAGCCCGGCAUGCCUGGUCAACCUGGUGCUGAUAACAUGAAUGUAUACGCUCCUAUAAUCUGCCCUCCUCCCGACACAAGUUGCAUACAGUGCCCACCUGGACCUGCAGGUCCACCAGGACAAGAUGGAUUCCCUGGGGCCCAAGGACCCAACGGAAAUCCGGGACUCCCUGGACCUCCCGGUCAAGAUGGACAACCAGGACCUCCAGGACCUCCUGGAGACGCCGGAAUGCCAGGAAAUCCCGGAGUGGUUGGACAGCCUGGACAGCCUGGACAAGACGGUACGACAUCAACUCCAAUCCCAGGAGGUCCUGGGCCUGUUGGACCUAUGGGACUUCCCGGUAAUGCUGGAGCACCUGGAGAACCAGGAACCCCAGGAAAUGAUGGAGCACCUGGUCCAGCUGGGCAGCCUGGAGCACCAGGACAAAAUGGAACUGAUGGUCAACCAGGAAAUUCAGGAGGAAAUGGUGCUCCCGGACCUGAUGCCGCUUACUGCCCAUGCCCACCUCGUUCAACCACCCUGGUCACUCAUUAA